GCUACCGACUGCUCAAAGUUUUCGACAACUGGUAAAAUGCCUAGUCUGUUUAUCUUUGGUGGACGGUGGAAUUAUGUUAUCAAUUACGGAAUCUUAACCAUAAUACCAUGUGUAGCUAAAGUGGAGUGUCCGGCAUCAAUAGUGAAUAUCAAAUGGCGGUAGACGGCUUUAGUGUCGGGAAAAAUUCAUUCGUUUGGAUUCAUUAUAGUAUGCACGUAUGCACGAAUGUUCAAUCUGAAUGUUUUUCAGUGUAUCUAGUGUGUUGAUUUAACAAAGUUUAUAUUAUUUUUAUGCUCUGUGAAAGUUAAUGACGUCUAUGUAAAUUGAGCUUCCGUAGUGUGUUCUUUUUAUGUGAUUCAGUUCUUAAAAACGCACAGGUUAUGUCGUGCUACAAUUUACCGGCUUAUUACUCUGCGCUGAAAGCGCGCGCAAUUCAAAGUUUAUUGAAAAUUCAUGUCAGAGAAAAAAAUACAAAGGCAUUGCACAUAAAGCAAUUGAUGAAGGAGAAUAAACUUCUAUUUGGAAACUUAGUGGAAACGAGCAAAGAAAAGAAAAAACGUUUAAAGCUUGAAAAGAAAGGUGUCAUUCCUGUUGCUUCAACAUCGAAUAUCGAUAGUGAAAUAAUUUGGGCGCAGAAAAAUGGGAAAAUAAAGUUAGUACCAUUUGGACGUAAUUCCACAAAAAACAUUAAUACAAGUCGCACCAUUCUGAUCAAACAACAAGCAAAGAAUACUGAUGAUCAAUCGAAGGAUAACAUUUUGAAUUCUGCCGUCGUUGAUGAAAGUGCAGAACAACUUUCGAUUUUAGGUACUCUUGAUUCUGCAUCGCUGGACGAUCAGGAGAUCACGCAAAAUGUUUCCACAAACAAAACCAAAUUAUCGAAAGAAAAAUCUAUUUCGAAAACAGUUUCUACAUCUGUGAAUUCUACCCUGGAAAAUAAAACGGGAAUUACUGUGAACAAUAAAACUUUGAGUUUGCCUGACAUAAUAAUAAAUCAUAUCACGUCCUUUUCGAUCUUUGAUAAUAGUAAAAAAUCGAUCUCGAAAGUCGAAAAAUCAUCAAAUAUUUUAUCGCUCUCACAAUACGAAAACGAAGAGAAUUUAAUUUUUCCUAGUGUAACAAGAAUAUUGAGUGCGACUAUGUCUGAACAGGCAAAAUUAAAUUUGCAACUGUGGAAGAAUCGUAUGAUACAAACGUUAGGCGAGGAAGGUUUCGCUAUUUAUCAAAAUGAGUUGUUAGAAAAUGGCAAGCUCUUGCAUUCCUCGAUCCAAAGCACACUGACAGGGACGCCUUUUGAGAUACCGGAGAAGGUCAAACCGUCGUUCGAAAGUGUGCAGGAUGUACUAAAAGAGGUAACGGACGUCAAAGCUAUAGAAACUCAUGCGGUUCACUCAAAAUUGCAUUACAGAGGCGUUGUGGAUUGCAUAGCUAAAUACAGGGGCAAUCUCUGCGUGAUCGACUGGAAAAAGUCCGAUAAACCAAAAAGCACGAUAGGCUCGACGUACGACGCGCCUUUACAGGUGGCUUCAUAUAUCGGAGCUUUGAAUGCCGACAGGAAUUAUUCAUUUGAGAUAAAACAUGGUCUGGUUGUCGUUGCCUAUUCGAGCGGGAACGAGGCCAGCGUGUACGAGUUAACGCCGGAUAACGUACAAAUGUAUUGGCGAUUCUGGUUGAAAAGGUUGCAGCAAUAUUACGCCGAGCUGAAAGACAAAAAUAUUAAUGCAAAUUUGCAUUAAAAUAUCUACAUAGACGGUAUUCUUAUCCUAUAUAAGUUAAAUAUUGGUCAAUAAAACAACUUGUAUUGUAUGCAACACGGGAUAUUGAAUAAAAUUAAAAUUACGAUA